AUGAGCAUAGCCAGGAACAUCAGGAUGGAUAACCUCGUACAGCCCAUAAUCAUCUCCCUGAUUGCCUUCGCCCUCGGCUACCAGGCCAACUCAUACCUUCGCUCCGCCUCGCCCGUCCUCUCCUCCGGUAGCGCCAGCUCCAACAAGAAGCGCAAGCUUGGCGCGUCCGCCGCUCCCAGCGUGGCCAACUCGGACUCCGGGAGCGACAGCGAGGGAGCAACCAACCCUGAAUCAGACAGCGAGGAUGAGUCGGCCGCGGUGUCUUCGUCGGAUAUAGCGAGUGUCAAGGCGGGGAUGGGAGAGGAGGUCAAGCUGGUGCUGGUUGUCAAUGACAGCUUGAAGAUGCAGAAGGGGAAGGUGGCUGCUCAGGCGGGUCAUGCGACGCUGGCGUGUGCUUUGACGCUACAGGCGCAAAACCCAAGGCUGUAUAAGAAGUGGCAAGCUCAAGGCCAACCCAAAAUCGCCCUCAGAUGUGCGACCACCGAGGAGCUCGAAUCGCUCGCGGCUCAGGCGAGGAGACUGAACCUUUGCGCCAGGACCAUACAGGACGCAGGUCGGACCCAGGUUGCCCCCGGUUCGAAGACGAUAUUGGGCAUUGGACCCGGUCCGGCAAGACUCAUCAACACCGUCACGGGCAAGCUCAAGCUAUUGUGA